AUGGGCUGCUGCCAGGGCUCAGCCUCCGUGGUGCCUCUGGGGCCACCGAGCAACGAGGACAGACUGCCUCUCAUUUUCCGCACAGCGGACAACUCCAUCCAAAUCUGCACUUCCUGCCCGUCAAACCUCUACAACCACGUCGAGGCCUUAUGCAGCGAGCUGGAUAUCAGGACGGCCUUUGGCAGAAAGGGCGACUUCAUGGAGGACACCGAAGGCGAAGAUUGGUUCGGCAAGUGGCAGAACAGAGUCUUGCAGUCACUGGACGACGCCCUCCAGGCGAAGAACCGCGAAGGGCCCUUUUCCAUCUACAGUUUAAUGAUCACCGACGAGGACAACAUAAACUGCAAGAGGGAGCAAGAGAACAUGGAGGAGUUAGCCGAUGCGCUACAGCAUCAGCGGGGGGACUCGUUGAGCUUCUCUGUUAGUCCUUGCCUGGUGUGCGUCCAAGACUUGACCACGGCGGUUCGUAGUUUACACAGAAAGGAGCACGAUGUCCAGCGGGCUUACGAGCAGUUCCUCAAGUCGGGCAAGCACAAAGAUGCCUGGUCCUUCUACCUGAUGACCAUGGCUUUGAAGGCACAGACCUCGUCACCAAGACCAUCGGCGCAGCGUCUGAUAGAUCGGGGCGAUGUUCUUGGAACUAUCCUGACCGAAAAAGGCACCGAUCAGCUGAACGAUCGCGAUACGAGGUUCUGCGAGAGAGCCGAGUGGCUCCUCAGAUGUGCGGAUGCUUCGCGAUGCAUCAGGCCGAUUGUGGACAAGCGCUGGAAAAUCCCGAUCAGGUUCGACCCACAGAGCCGGCUCGCUCAAUGGGCAGUGGCGCAAGAACUGGACCUGUCAGAAACCAACCUGGACUUCGAGAGAGAUUUCGCAAGUUGCAUACGGGACUUCGCCCCAAGCAAAGGAAACCGAAAAGGGCAUCUCAGGCUUCAGCUUUUCCAGAGGUGGCAUCGCGCAUCCGACAUUCAGGUGGCGUUGCAGAGGGAGGAGGAAUUGAAGUGGAUUUUGCAGGAGGCAAGACAAGCAGAGCUGCCGGAUGACCUUCUGAAUGGUGUCGAAUCAAAGCUCAAGGAGUGCAAAGAGGAGCUGCAGAAGGACGUUUGGUAUUUUGUGGAGAUGCUGCACUUGAGGCCCAAAGUGCAGUCUGCCCGCUAUGACAAGCACCCCAGGGAUCCCGAGAACGAAGGCAAGUGCUUCUGCUACAAGCUUUACGGCCAAAGGAUGGUCUGGGGGUGCAGCUGGCAGAAAAGGUAUCUUGAAUAUGUCCGUGAGGCGGUUGCAGCCAUUCAGAAGGGACAGGACAAAGAGGAGCUGGCCUGGCAAUACCAUCGCGUGGACGAGCAUGGCCUCAAACAGGAUUUUCCAGCAGGCUAUCCGGUGGAUGCAUGGUGCGAGGCGACAAAGUUAUGGCGCCGAGGAGUCGUGAAAGAGAAGACUACGAGGCAAGAGGAUGGCUGGACCAUUCGAUGCGAGCAUGGUGACGACACCUUUCGCUCUAAAUUCGUCUGCGACACAUCUCUGGCUACAAAGGAGUUGUUGGACCAUUUUGGUCAUCUGAAGCUCCGGGAGAUUUUCACUGAGUGCCUUGAGCGUGUUAGCGUGCUGGAUGUCUGCACGUCUCGGCUCGGGUCCGACGUUUCUGUCUUGAUGAUAAACCUUGGGGUGCCAACCAUCGGCUCCUUGCAUCACCUCAGGGAUCGCUUCUUCAGUGGGAAACUGGAGGAGGACAUCACCGCAGGUCUGUCAGAUUGGCACGUUGAAGUAGACAAUGGGCACUUCUUGGAGUUCUACGAGCACACGUUGCUGGCCCUCAAGGACCUCACGCCACACCAACAAAAGCAUCUUCAGCACAUCCAACGAUUUGACGAGGUGCACCUGUCAGCUCCAGCAGGGGCCGGCAAGACUUUUGUGGCAGUGCAGCGUGUCGUCGACGUUCUCACCGACAAGACGGAAGAGCCUCCUGCUCAUGUACUCUAUGUGGCUCCCACAGUAGAGCUCAUCUACCACUUCAUACAGUGGAUAGUUGUGCGGCUGGCGUCGCAAGCGGCGUCCCGGCUUGUGACCGAUAUCAAUCAGCUUCUACAGCGCCUGGUGGUCCUGCACAGCCCUUACCAGGAAUUGCUUUCGCCGAUGCUGGAUGAGAAGGAUCGAUGCGUCGCUCUGAAAGUUGCAGGCAGCAUUGACACGUUUGCACUCCAAGUCGUUGACGAAGGCCACACCCUCUUCGCAGAGGGUGUGGACUAUGGCAUUCUGGGAGAUCUCAAGAGCCGCAGGAAGCUCCUUUUAUCCGACGAGUCCCAAGCUGCAACCGUGAACACCAGAUUCCCCAAAAUGCACAAGGCGAGCCUCAUGGAGGUCGUCCGAAGCACGAGGCAGAUCGUGCUGGGGGCAAAGUCCUUUCGAUCUCAGACCGGGGCGGUCACAUCCAUUGGCACAGAUGGGCCACCCUUGAAGUCAUUCCUCUUCGAUGGCUCGGACGCCAAAGGUGAGUUUGAACUCUACGCCCAGCACGUCGCAGAUGCCAUUGCGCACGUUGCAGAUGCAUAUCCCAACAUCAGUCUCCACCAGCGACUCGCGCUGCUAGUCCCGGAUCAGGAGUUUCUCGUGCAGUUGAAGACGGCCUUGGCGCCUGUCUUGAAGAGCAAGCUUCCAGAUCGCCACCUUCAGUUCAUCUCCUUCAAGGAGUCCUUGCGCUCCUUGCCGGAGCUGUUUCGGACCCUCUGCGGUCAGCCUGUCACUGUGCAGAAGCCCGAGCAGCGGUCGGAGCACCUCGUCUUGGACACCGUGAGCGUCACAGAUGGCCUGGAGAAGCUCAUCGUCAUCUGUGUCGGGCUGGAUGCCCCAAUUCGCCGAGGUGCCAGGGAUCUCGUGACGCGCGCAAACCUUUACAAAGGCAUCUCGCGGGCCCAGCUGAUGGCCAUCGUGGUGAACAAGCGCGUGCAGAAUGGCUGGUUUGACUUCCUCACCAACAUUCGGUACUCUGGCAAAGAGCUUUCCGAAGAGGAGGCAUCGAAGUACGGCUCACAGGCCGCAGCGAAGAUCUGCCAAGAAGCAAAGGACGGCAUGGGCAGUGCCGCACAGGAAGAGGAGCCAAGAAGCAGAGAGGAGGCCAGGCCGCAGCCAAGCAUUCCGGAUGAAAGGCAGGCGGAUCUGAAGAAGGAGAACUCUCACGUAGAAAGGUCUCAGCCAGAGACAAGAGGUACAAACGCAGCUGGCAAGAAGGCCGAUCCAGCCAUAUCUCAGCCGCAGACACGCAGCACCAGCGCAGCCGAAAGGGAGUCUGAGUUGACAGGAGACUCGGAGACGACGCCACAGCACGAGUCCAGCAUCUGGGACACCAGAAGCAACACGGUUUCGGCUCACGCCCGGAAGCCCAUGUUCGACCCAUUCGCCGAGGAGAGCCGAGUUCCGGUCAAUUCCGAAGAGUUCCUUCUCGACCCGAUGCCCCAGGAUCCCACAACGGAGCCAGCAAAUCCAUGCGCAGCUUUUUCUGACGGUCGCAUCGCCAACGGCAUCCCAACAGCGUAUACCCUGAACGCGGUGGGUGAUUGCUGGUCCUGCCAGGUCAAAGAAGCUUUUCGCGCCGACAGAUUCGAUGCGCCCUCUGCAUUGGCAGCGCUGAAGAACUUUGCAGCGCCGGGGCUCCCCUAUCCCGAUGAAGCGCGCGCGUUCGUGGUGCAGGAAAGCAAAAGAGUGAUGCGGUGUGGAGGUGACGUCAAGAAAGCUGCCGGAGCUGCUGCACGCGGGGAACUACUCGAGGAGUUGCUGAUCCUGCUCCGUUUCGGCGUCGGCGAGGAGCUGCACAUGGAGUUCUGCAACAAAGUCCCCGCGGCGGCCUGGCGGCAGCUCAGGGGCGCGCGCUGGGAGAAGCUGCAGACGGCCACCUUCUCUCUGUGUUUCAACGAAGACUCCCAGGGCUCAGAGGGGGCCGGCGGCCUCCUCUCCGCGUUGGCGCGGUGCAGCCAGCUCCAGGAGCUGCGCAUGCAAUUCUGCAACAAAGUCCCCGCAGAGGCCUGGCGGCAGCUCAGGGACGCGCGCUGGGAGAAGCUGAGGAAGGCCGACUUCGAGCGGUGUUUCGACGAAGACUCCCAGGGCGCAGAGGGGGCCGGCGGCCUCCUCUCGGCAUUGGCGCGGUGCAGCCAGCUCCAGGAGCUGCGCAUGCAAUUCUGCAACAAAGUCCCCGCAGAGGCCUGGCGGCAGCUCAGGGACGCGCGCUGGGAGAAGCUGAGGAAGGCCGACUUCGAGCGGUGUUUCGACGAAGACUCCCAGGGCGCAGAGGGGGCCGGCGGCCUCCUCUCGGCAUUGGCGCGGUGCAGCCAGCUCCAGGAGCUGCACAUGGCCGAAUGCGAGAAAGUCCCCGCGGAGGCCUGGCGGCAGCUCCGGGACGCGCGGUGGGAGAAGCUGAAGAGCGCCAACUUCUACGGGUGUUUCGGCGAUGGCGCCCAGGGCGCAGAGGGGGCCCACGUCCUCCUCUCCGCGUUGGCGCGGUGCAGCGAGAUGCAGGCGCUCAACAUGAAUCUUUGCGACCGCAUCCCUGCCGAAGCGUGGGAGCAGCUGAGCGACGGGGUGUGGCCAGCUCUUCUAGCACACGUUGACGUCCCAGAGCGACUUUUCCGGCGUGUUUGA